ACAAGAGAGCACAGAUUAGUUGUCGCGGCAUAGGUCAGGUUACUCCAACUCAAAGCCACAACCAUAGGACUACUUUCACUGUUUGUAAGGUGAAGAACUGCUGUUUACGGGGUGUUGGCCAAACAUCACUUUGGAAUUGAAGCUACUUGCUGACUGGGCUUUUUUUUUUGUUGGAGUCACAUAAGAGAUGCAUCAACCAGCCCUUGUCACGGUUGCUGUUCUGCUCUUCUCUCUGACCACUGUCUAUGGGGGGAACGUGCUGGUCUUCCCAUUGGAUGGAAGCCACUGGGUCAAUAUGAAAGUCCUCAUCGAAGAGCUGCACUCCAGAGGCCAUAGCAUCACAGUGAUUCGUCCAACCACCAACUGGUACAUCAAGGAGAAAUCCCCUUACUACUCGUGUAUUACCAUCCCAGUAUCUGGUGGUGGAUUAGAUGAGAAGUUCUUUAGUUUGUUUGUGACCAGACUAUUGCAGAUCCAAAGAGAGGGUGGAGGUUUCUGGUCUCGUAUGAGUCUGGAGCUUGAGGUGGUGAAGCAGUUCUAUGAGUUAAACAAGGAUUUGGUUGAAAUGAUGACUAUGAUAUUUGAAGAUGCCGAACUAAUGCAAUCGUUCCGCGACGCAAACUAUGACCUGGUUUUGACAGAUCCUGCCAAUGGUGGGGGAGUGUUUCUGGCUCACCGCAUUGGUCUUCCUCUUGUCUUCAAUGUCCGAUGGACAGUCCAGGGUGAGGGUCACUUUGCCAUCGCCCCCUCGCCUCUCUCAUAUGUCCCAUUGUCAGGAGCACUGUUGACAGACAAAAUGACUUUUCAAGAGAGAGUCAUAAAUGUUCUGUUUUAUCUUUUUACAAGGUUUCAAAUUGCAUACGUCAUAGACCCUAACUACGUUCCAUUCGUCCAUCGUUACUUCGGCCCUGACGUUCACUACAUGUCAUUGUUCCAGGCAGCAGACAUCUGGCUCAUGAGGAAUGACUUUACCUUUGAGUUUCCGCGUCCCACCAUGCCAAACGUGGUCUACAUGGGUGGCUUCCAGUGCAAGCCCUCCAAGCCGCUUCCCCAGGACAUGGAGGACUUUGUCCAGAAGUCUGGGGACCAUGGGGUCAUCAUGAUGUCCCUGGGGACCUUGGUGGGACAACUUCCUGAGGACAUCGCUGAGGACAUCGCAGCUGCUUUCGCCCAACUGCCUCAGAGGGUCGUCUGGAGGCACACUGGGAAGAGACCCGCCUCCGUGGGCAACAACACCUUACUAGUGGACUGGCUCCCCCAGAACGACCUCCUUGGACACCCCAAGACCCGAGCCUUCGUUGCCCACGGCGGAACCAAUGGAGUCCAGGAGGCCAUCUACCACGGUGUCCCUAUUGUCGGCCUCCCGUUGGUCUUUGACCAGCAAGAUAACCUCAACAGGAUGAGGGUUAAGGGAGUGGCUAAGAUAGUGGACAUCGCCACCGUAAACAAAGACAUCUUCCUGGAGGCAGUGAAGGCUGUUCUCUAUGAGCCGACCUACAGGGAGAACAUGCAGAGGCUAUCCAGGCUGCACAGGGACCAGCCUAUGACACCACUGGACCGCGCCAUGUUCUGGAUCGAGUUUGUCAUGAGGAACAAAGGAGCGGCACAUCUGAGGACAGAGUCCUAUAAGAUGUCCUGGUUCACCUACCACUCUGUUGACGUCAUAGCCACGCUACUGGCCAUUGUGUUGCUCAUAAUGCUGGUUAGCACUUUAGCUGUAAGGUUUUUGUGGCGUAAGGUGUUUUGUAGAAGGAAAGUGAAACAUGAAUGAUAUGAUGUAUUAAUGAAUAUUAAUACAUUAUCAAAUGAUCAUUAAUAAAAUAGUCAAAUGAUUA